AUGAAACUCCUACCGAUCUUUGCUUCCCUUGCAUUCGCCUUCGAUAAGGUCUCACUCCCCAAUAUCCAGUUCUCAGACCUGGGUGGCUCCAUAGGGUUCUUGGGCUCUUUUGACGCCUUGUCUUUCUACUCCUACAAAAACGCCUCAUCGUCUUUGCUUGGAUCAGACGAUUCUGUCUCCAUUUACCUUCGAAAUGUCUCAGAUAACGCCAACAUUAAAAUUGGGUCUGUCAAUGACGGGGACAUUACACAGAUCCUGCCCCUCGGCGAAGACAGCGUUCUUCUAACGGGGUCCUUCACUUCGUUUAACAACAAGACAUAUACCCCUCCACUCAUAUACAACGUCACGACUGGCGAAGUCACUAGCAUCUUCUCGAGUAAUCAAAAAAAGGACUCCAUCGAGGGUGGGUCUGUAAAGGUCGCUUACGUCGACGGUGAUCUCAUAUAUCUCGGAGGUGACUUCGAAUAUAAUAACACAAGGGGCGCAGCUGUCUACAAUUCUACUUCCAAAAAACUACGACUGCUUCCUUUUAAGGGAUUCGGCAACGACUCUAUGGUGAACGCCAUAACAAAACUAGAACCAAAAAGCGACGAUCCCAACGAGGGGUCCAUAAUAUUUGGCGGCUCUUUCGACACUUUGGGGCUUCCAGAACUUUUGCAACUCAACAUGUCAUCAAACUCCUCCCGAUUUAAUCAUUCGAACUCAACCAACGUGUCUCUAAUAUCUGCUGAGCAAAAAAUUUCUUUGAAGCAUGGUGAAUUCACCUCAAUCAACUCAGAUAGUGAUCCGAAGGGUAUUAUUUGUCCCGACUCUAGCAGUGUGUGGAAACUCCAACCUCAAAGUGGUGGCCAGUGGGCUGUACAAUUGCCAGCAGAAAUGAGAGGACUUAGUCCUACCAAAGUCAGACUCUAUUUACCUGACGAUGCCGACAACGGUGUGAAGGCUUUUAGAAUUUACACCUAUCCUAACAAUGGUAUAAUGAAUCUCACUUAUGUGAACCCUGAAACAAAUGACCUUCAAUACUGCGAUGCUAAUUGUCCUUUGCCUAAGUCGAAUGACUUGAAGCAGCUUGUCGAUGAAAAUAAAGACAAUGGAGAUGUGCUCAUGGACGACGACGACAAUGUUGUCGUCAGCGAAGAUGGUUCGUUCGCAAUGUAUUAUGAUGACUCGACCAAGUCGAAGAAUCUCGGCUAUGGCAGCAACUACAUGGAAUUUGCACUCGUUAACGAUAUUGCUAUUGACCGAGUUGGUGUCACCGUGACUGACUGGUACGGCAACCAUGGAGAGCUUUCAGGUUUCGAGCUCUAUACCAAUGCAAUCAGCGUUUACGGCAACGAGACGCUCAACGAGUCAAAUUGUGGAGACGAGGAACUGAUGUCUCGAAAUUCAGCUACAAUAGAUGGUGGAGAUUGGCAAUCCGUUCAGUCGUUGGUGGAUUCUGUGACAAACACGGACUAUCUUGUCUCCACGGGAGCAACGGUUGAUACUGGUAUCACCUUGUAUCCGAAUAUAUCAUACGAUGGAGAGUAUUCUAUUCUUCUUUGGACUCCCGGUUGUCAGGCUGACAACUCGUGCUCGAAAAGGUCAAUCGUUAAUGUCUCUGUUAUUGAUACUGAUCUGAACGUAUUGGAGCAUAAAUUGAUAUAUCAAAACAACUUCGGCAACAAAUUCGACUACCUUUACUUUGGCCACAUGAACGGAUCUUCGAACGAGAAUAGGCGCAACAAAAUACAAAUCGACUUCUAUCGUGCAAUAGAUGAGUCCGUCUCAGAUCCUUGGAUGGUAGUUGAUAGGGCAGUUGCGAACAUAGUCUCACUUGAUAGCUACAGUGAGAAGAAUCUGUCCAAUCGUACUAGCCUUCAGAAUCGCAAAAAGCAUGAUCUUCAACAUAUUUAUUUGAACGGAUUAUUUGAAUACUCCUUAGCGAAUUUUUCCUCGUUCUCGGAGGACUUGGUGUACACAAAGAAAGGUGAUGAAACAUUCAUCAAGACAACAAACAAAUUUGUUGGCAACUCGUCUAUCAAUGAGCUCAGUGGAAAACUUUCAGGUGGCUCAGAGGUGAAACAGAUCUUGCUUCAGAACUCAACCGAUUCCUCCAGCUUGCUCUUGCUUGGUGACUUCAGCUCGAAAAAUGUCACCCUCUCUAAUGGGAACCUCCUCACUCUUGAAUUGAAGGGCUAUAAUGAGACCCUGAAUCUGACCGAGGCAUCCCUAAAGCAAAGGAGUUUCGGGAAAAGAGAUGAUGAAAAGAUAUUUGGUUUGACUUUUAAUGAUUCCAUCACCAGAUUGCACGACUUUGGCGACGGUUUUGUUGCUCUUGGAGCUUUCAGUGCAAAUUCCGACAGCUUGAAAGACCUCAACAAAGACAAUGCGUCCAUUUCUUCUGCAAACAAUUUCGCCAUGCACUCUGGAAGUGAAUGGUAUUCAUUUGGUAAUUCCUAUGUUGACGCAGAUUUCGACAAGCUUACCAAUAUAAGUGUGGAUGGGUUUAAUUAUUACGUCUUUUCUGCGAAUAACGAAAUUUAUCGGGUCUGGGAUCAAUCUUCAUCCGAAUUUGUUGAAAGAAACUACCUUAAUGUCUCUACCGCUGCCGAGUUGUAUAGUAGAGAGCAGCAGGUCUUGGGAGGAAAUUUCUUCAACAUUAUGGACUAUCAUGGCCUUGAUGAAGCUGUAAUUCGCAAUAACUCCGCUAUCAAUAGCUACGGCCUCAACAUCACAAGAGGAGACAUCCUCACUUCCUUUCAUGGCAACUCAUCAUUCAGUGUUUUUGGCGGUACCUUCUUUGUCAACGACACCAAGUCAAAUCUUGCAUUUGUCAAGAACAACAAGACGUCCACCAUAGAAAACACAAAGUGGGAUGAAAAUACUGCGGUUGACUACCUCUACAUUGAUACUGACCGCGAUUACUUGUUUAUCGGGACGAAUGGAAGUGUACAAGCUCAAAAUUCAAAUGUCACUGGCCUCGUUUUACUCCACUUAUCCAACGAAUCUUUCGCAGCAACACAACCAGCAGACUUGUCCAGCGAUGAAGGAAGUCUUCUGGUAAAUGCCAUGGUAUUCUACGACGACAAUGACAAGUUGUUAGUGGGUGGGCGAUUUGAUAAUGCGGGCUCAUUAGGUUGUGAGGCUGUCUGUGUCUAUGAUGUCCGUAACACAAGAUGGGAAACCCCUUCCAGUGAAGGAAUAGUAGGUACUGUCACGGAUGCCAAAUUUUUCGAUACAACCUCGGUUCUAAUGAGUGGAAAUAUUACUAUCAAUGACACCAAAGUUGACUUUGCCAUUUAUGACUUCUCAGCGGGUCGAUUCAGUGCUGCACCAACGCAGCUUCAACAAGUGAGUGAACCUGACGACUACGUGAAGAAGUUUAUCGUAAAUGAAAAGAAUAGUCAGCAGUUAAAGAGCAGAAUGACUGCCUAUGGAAAGAAGUUUAUAAAAGCAUACAAUGGAUCCCAAUGGUCUGAUAUCAGUGAAGGCGUCGAAUUGAACGAACAGACGAUCUUCACCGACAUGAAAUUACUCCUGUUGCAAUCAAAGGAUGACAACCGAACAACAAACUUUUUUGACGAUAACAAGAUUCUUCUUGUAUCGGGUUUCUUUAAUCUAACUAACUACGGUCCAGUUAAUGCAGCAUUUUUUGACGGUGAGAGCUGGAUACCAUACAUUUAUACACUGUUGCAUGAUAAUGAGUUCGGUAUAAUCAAUCUGUUGCUAGUCAAAGAUACUUUUUCGUUCCAGUCCUCAAAAGAUUUGAAGAAAGGUUCAAACAACUUUUCCAAGGGACAGGUAGUAGGUGUGUCCUUAGCAUGUGCCAUUGGCUCGACGGCCUUGAUCGGUUUACUUUACCUCAUUCCAAUGAUGUAUCUUUUCAAAAAGUCAGAUAAAGAAGAAAGAAUGAGCCAAAGAAUCCAUGAGGACGAAAUGAUGAACGUGGUCGAUCCUGAGGAAUUGUUUCACGAGAUAGAUCUCCAACGACAUACUUAA